ACCGACGCGAUGCAUAUCCCCCCCAGCUACGUCACUGCUGGCUCAGCGACGCCACCAUCACCACCACCCGCUGCCGGCGCAACACCCUAUCAUGGCUUCUCGUGGUUUUCAAAAGAGACGGGCGGCGGCGGCGGAGGCAGCGGAUACCCGGAGAACUGGAGCAGUCUUAUCGGCAUCAUUACCGCCAUAAUAGGAAACGUGCUGAUAUCCUUUGCGCUCAACACGCAGCGGUAUGCGCACAUCCGCCUGGACAGAGAGUGGCAGGACAAGGAGCGCCAGCGCAAGAAGAGGAAUGCCUCGAGCAUGAGCCUGAGCAGACUGAACGACGAAGUCUCCAAGCUGGGCGCCGGCCGCAGAGACGGGCACAGCAACGGCCUGGCUGACCAGAGACAUGCGCCUGGCGCUGAUGUCUUGGAUGCGAACGAGUCGGAUCCGCUGAUUCCGCAAUCGCCAGCGCAGACGCGACCCGCUGCACACAGCGACGACAGCGCGGGGUCGGGCCUCGAGGAGGAAGCGUACAAGCAAAAGUCAUACCUCAAGUCGCCCUACUGGUGGUGUGGCAUAAUCCUCAUGGCCAUUGGAGAGGCUGGCAAUUUUCUCGCAUACGGAUUCGCGCCUGCGUCGAUUGUAUCGCCGCUCGGAGUCGUUGCGCUCAUCUCAAACUGCAUCAUUGCGCCGUUUAUGCUCAAGGAGCCGUUUCGCACACGUGAUGGGCUUGGCGUGAUCAUCGCAGUGGGGGGCGCUGUCACGGUGGUGCUGUCGGCCAAUGACAAUAAUCCGAAACUCGGGCCGGGCGAGAUCUGGGAUCUGAUAAGACGAUGGGAAUUCGAGACGUACCUUGGCAUUACCGUUGGUGUUAUUAUCCUGCUCAUGGGCGCGAGCAACAAGUAUGGACAAAAGAACAUUUUGAUUGAUCUGGGGCUUGUAGGAUUGUUUGGCGGAUACACGGCGCUCUCUACCAAAGGCGUCGCAUCGCUACUUUCGUAUACGCUCUGGCGUGCUAUUACGUUUCCCGUCUUCUAUCUCCUGGUUGCCAUUCUGGUCGGCACUGCAAUCAUGCAGAUCAAAUACGUCAACCGCGCACUCCAGCGCUUUGACGCCACCCAGGUCAUUCCUGUUCAGUUUGUCCUCUUCACACUGUCCGUCAUUGGCGGAUCGGCAGUGCUUUACCGCGACUUUGAAAGGACUUCGGCGCAAGACGCAGGAAAGUUUGUGGGUGGCUGCGCUUUGACUUUCUUUGGUGUGUGGUUGAUUACGAGCGGACGACCUUCGCGACAUGUUGAGGACGACGACGACGAAGAACAUGUUAUCCACUUGACAGGCGAGCGGUAUACCGACGAGGUGGAUGAAACCAGCCCUGGGGAUGCAGAGAGCACGCACCACUCAUCCACAGCACGACCACUUUCACCCCCAAUCAAUAUCAACUCUCGCUAUCGUGACGAUGAUGAGCGCCCCUCUACGCCAGAUAUCAGGAUCAUUCCAGACCCAGUGACGCCACAACGCCACGCUCGGCUAGUCACUGCAGAUAUACUAUCGUCGCUGGUUGCGAAUCCAUGGACCCAGCCCAACGAACCUGAAGCUCGCACGCCGCCACUAAACCGCCACACAUCAACACCUGUACUACCAUCUGAAGCCGCACCCCCACCUCUAGCAUCUACUUCGGACCCCGAGCUCGGAGCUCCAUGGACACCCACACGCGGAAGAUCACAAGUCGAGGCCCCGCCCACACCUGGAUCGCAGCUCCGUCGCCUCCGCACCGUCGAACGCGUCCCAAGCGCACGCAACAGCAUCGCAGGGCCCCUCCUCGCCAGCCCGCUCAGCGCCAGCCUCAGCACCAUGGUCCAAGAUCUCAAGCGCGGAGGCAGCGUGCGCUACCGCGACCCCGACGACGCCAUCCGCAGACGCGCAAGCGCCCUCGGCCUCAACGGCCACGACACAGACACAGACGGCAUGAUGGGAUCCGGCGAACCGCUGACCCGCCGCCUCACACGCGACAGCCAGGGCCCAUCGGAAGGUGCCAUGACCGCUGCCAUCACAUCGCGCACCACAGGCCGAGGCCGCAGUCUCAGCGGCACCCUCAGCGAUCUCUGGAGGGGAAUCAGCCACAGGACUAGCAGAGACGAAUUGAGAGAUGGCCUGCCUAGUUCUGCUGCUGCUGUUGCUGCUGAUGAUACUGAGCAUAGAUAGAUUAGAUGUAAAGCUCAUGUGUGUGUUGCGUUAGAACGGGGAAAUUC